AUGUUCGUUCAACUUUUUGUGGCAUUCGUCUAUGGUCUAGUCCACGUCGAUUGCAUCAACUUUACAGCCGAGAAUUACAAGGUUGCCCGGGACCUUAAAGAUGAUCACCCAUGCUGGCAUGGCGGUGUCCCAAAGCCGUGCUUCUUCAUCCACCUCAACAUCGAAAACGCCAAAUAUGAGGAGGGGCACGUCCGAAAACCGGGUGACGAAACGUACAAAGUACAAAUCAAAGAGAGCGACCCGGUGAGCAACGACGUGUACGCGGAAUGCACGGGCAGCAUGUACGGUGGUGAUAAGUGUAGUUUGAAGGCCCGAGACGAAGAUGAGGUCUUGUUUAACAUGUGGUACUUGAAAUUCUACAUCAACGCGGAGUACGCUAAAGGGGAAGACCAGUAUCGCUGCAUUCUUUUUCCGUUUUCAAAGGCGCGCGGGAACGACUACAUGCGGCUGAUUUCCGCGGCGACCCUGACCGUAAAACCGGAUGGGAUUUGCUCGCUGCAGUACUACGAUCGUGUACUCGAUGAAACCCGUGAAGCUUUUUGUCAAACCUGCUGUUGGGUCGAAAAUUGCGUUAUUGGGACUGGGAUACCAUAUGUGGACCUUGGU